AUGGUUAACGACGUUGAGAAAUCAAACUUGCACACAGUGGUGUCGGCCAGAGCCACCAUCGACUCCGAUGCUGUUCGGCUGGCCAAUUUGGGUUAUAAACAGGAGUUUUCAAGAAACUACUCGUUUUUGUCCACUUUCUCGUUCGCUUUGUCCAUUUCCGGUCUGAUGGGUACUGUUGCCAUCACGUUCCUGUAUCCUCUUAUUUCUGGAGGACCAGCAGCCUGUUGUUGGACCUGGUUUAUUGGUAUGUUUGGAUGUUUGGCAAUCGCUUAUUCGGUUGCCCAUAUCACCUCCUGUUUCCCAACAAGUGGAGGUAUGUACUAUGUGAUCACCCAUGUUGUUCCGAAGAAGUGGGUGCCGCUUGUUUGUUGGAUCGACGGAUGGUUGUACCUGAUUGGAAUGAUUGCCGGCGCUUGCUCGACCGAUUUCGGUGCUGCUACCCUGUUGUUGCAAACCGUCUCGAUGGCUUCCGAUUACACCUAUGUGCCGACAAACGGCCACAUCACCGGGGCUGCCAUUGCGGUGAUCACCUCGCACGGAAUCAUCAACUCGCUGCCUUCGUCCGUCUUGUCCAGAAUCACAAAGUACUACUGUUUCGUCAACAUCGGCUCGGUGAUUGCUCUGAUCAUCACCAUGCUGGUCAAGUGUCCAAAGAUCAACACCCGAGAAUUCACCUUCUCGAAGGUGAUCAACAACACCGGCUGGGCCGAGGACGGAUGGGCGUUCUUGUUUGGUUUCCUGAACGUCUCGUGGGUCAUGACCUGCUACGACUCCACCUCGAGAAUGUCCGAGGAGGUGUCCAACGCUGGCUACACCACCCCGGUUGCCAUUUCGCUGGCUUUGACAGUGACCGCGUUCCUUGGCUGGAUCUUGAACGUGGUGUACACGCUCUGCAUGGGUGACGACAUCGACGCGCUCAUCAACACCACCUCGGGCCAGCCGAUCGUGCAAGUGUUUGACUACGCCAUGGGCAGAAAAGCAGCUACCGCGUAUCUGUCGCUGUGUUUCGUGGUCCUGUGGUUCUGCGGAGCAGUGGCUGUUUGCGCCAUCUCUAGAACUCUGUGGUCCUUCUCCAGAGACCGCGGAGUGCCGUUCUCGUGGAUCUGGUACCACCUGGACAAAAGAACAGGAGUGCCGGUCAGAACUGUGUGGCUCACCACUUUGGUCAACUGUCUGCUGACUUUGAUCAACCUGGGCUCGUCAAUUGCCAUGAGCGCCAUCUUCUCUGCCUGUGCCAUUGCCACCGACUGGUCGUACGUGCUGGUGAUCUUCUUCUUCAUGAUCAACGCAGACAGAAUGGGUGUCAAGCCGGGUCCUUACAACCUCAAGAAAUUUACCAAACCAAUCAUGUUCUACGCAUGCAUUUGGACUGUUUUUGUCUCCAUCGUGUUCAUCUUCCCUAAUUACAUGCCUGUCACCGCGCAGAACAUGAACUACACCGUUUUGAUGCUCGGUGCUGUGCUGCUCUUCUCCUUGAUCUGGUACAUGGUGGACGCCAGAAGAUGGUACGAGGGUCCUGUGGCCAACGUGGACGAAGGAUACGAGGCCGUCCUGGAAACCGUUUCUGGCGAGGCCAGCGACGACGACUCCAAUAGAAUCGACCAGCCGACAAAGUCGUAA